GGAGGGUGUCGGUGAAACCACAGAAAGAACAUUGGAUGGCGUAACGUCCCUGCUGCCGGUGGCGUUUAAACCGUGGGAAGAGAUCCUAGCAACCUUCAAUGUUCUUCCUGAGAAUCGGCUUCAGUUUGCCAUUGUGGACGACGAGCACUUGGUCAUUUUCCCCAGAAACGCGGGCAAGGGAAACAGCAUCUACCAAUCGACCACUGCACCCUACCUGUAGUGCUGGAAAGCUUUGGGAAGGAGAUCAUUACCUCUUCGGAGAAGCGUACAUCGGUCGACAGUUGGACGGCGCUUGGUUACCUGGCGUACACUCGUUACUUCCCGAUCGCAACCAGGAGUGGGAACGCGCGGAUUCGACUAUAAGGAUCAAUUUGGCGCGCUCGGCGGUUGUUCGAGCUCGUGGGGUAGGGCACCUGGCUGGCUCUGACUAUGACUCCGAGGCUGACUGAUGGGGCCGGUCAUGGUAUAUGCGGGCGAAAAUACUGUAUAAGAAGGCGGAGGGGUUGGCGGUCUAAUGUAUUCUAGAGCUCUCCCACAUGUAAAGGCAGCUCCUCAGCUCUCUAAGAUGAACUAAU